AUGUAUGCUAUUCUACCUGUUGUAUUGUCUACAACAGAGUGGUGGGGCGAUCUUCGGGCUCAUCUCAAUCCGCCGCGAGCACCAGCUUUCUAUGAUGUUACUUAUGAUGAUACUGAUUGUCCCCAAGGCCUACGAUACGAUGCCAUCCCUGAUUACGUCUUCUUCGGCACCAUGAUCGCCUCUCUAAAUGUUGAAGAUCACGACGAAUGCGUGCAGAAAUGCCUUGAGAAGCAGCGCUGCAAAUCCGUCAACUAUUUCAUGCCGGUCACCUUCCAAGAGCAAGGGUUCUGCGAGCUUUUGGCUGAGACUCAACUCGACAAUCCGCGUCUGAUGAAGCCCUUCAUCAAAGCUACCUAUUACGAGAAUAUUCGGUGUCGAGACACUGACCAUGUUGAUGUUGAUGCCACAAAACCCGCCAUCACUCGCCCUUCAAAGGAUGACAUCUCUAGUUUGAUGAAGAAGAUCAACACGAAGCCCAUCGAGUUUCGCGCCCGAUUCCGAGCCGCUCGUAAA